AUGUACUCGCGCUCGAAGCUCGAGAAGCUACUGCGCCAGGCCAAAGUGACGACGCAGAGCAUCCAGAAGGUCUCGCAGUGGAUCCUCACGCACCGUCAGCAUCUGCACGAGAUCGUGGCGCAGUGGGCCGAUCUGAUUCGUGAGCGGGAAGCCGAGCAUCAGAUUGUGUAUCUUUACGUCGCAAAUGACGCGAUGCAAGUGGGCGGCCGCAAGUUUGGGCGCCACAUUGCCGCCGCUUUCGAGGAGAAGCUCGUGGACAUUGUGCACUUUGUCAUGACCGAGGGCGACGAGAAGGUCAAGCGCUGCAUCAUCAAGAUCGUCGGCAUCUGGAAAGAGCGCGGCGUGGUGACGCCGUCGCUGUUGGCCAUGCUCGAGAACGUCUGUGCAGGCAAACCAGCCGUUGAGGUGAUGCCGGACGCUGAGUUGGAUCCAGAAGAGACGACGGCCAGGCUGUUGCGGGAGAUGACGAGUGAAGCGGCGGUGGAGCGCGUGCUGGAAGAGAUGCCAGAGGUCGUGGAAGCAGCGGCGACGACGCAGUUGGCAGCGCACUUGCAGGAUCUCGUGAAUGCGACCAUUAGUGCCGAUAUGCUGAGCGACCGCAUGUUCCAGCUCGAGUCGAGUCUCAGUGUUUUCCAUCACGCGUGCGCGCAACAGGACGAGGAAGCCGGCGAUGACGACGAGAUCGUUGUGGUGGGAGAGGAGGAGCGCCAGACGUAUCCUGCAGCUGGUGGCGUGGCGUGGAGCAAGAUGGACCAGCAAGUGUACGACCUGGACGUCGACAGCAGUCGGACCCACGUGGAGCAGUACCGCGGCAAUCUCACGGACCAGGUCGCCAAACGGGAAGCACUGAUCAAGAAAUUGAAGAGUCUGGAGGAUAUGAACCUCUUUGCAUUCCCUCGAGGUGCAAUAGCCAUCGAAGAGGCAGAGCUACAAGAGCAAGCUCUGGAGAGACUUUACGGUGUAGCCUGCGAAGCCGAGACAAUCGAGAUGAAGCAACUUGAGGCACAGCGCGCCGAGUUCCGCGCACGACAAGCUUCUUUGGCUGCAUCCAUUGCAGACCCCUUGUAUACAGGGCACCAGACGGCCGAAGAUUCUUAUCGGCCCAUUACUCCAACGGCGGUGACAAGGGAUAGUGGAAACGGCCACGUAAGCUAUCGCAGGUCGUCGUACCAGUACGACGAGCCUCAGCAGCAUCCUCCCGUGCUUCGUCGCCACAGUAGCGUCUCGGCUGCCACGGACCGUAGCUUCAACGACCGAUACAACAAUCAGCAGCGACAUGAGGGGCAGCUUGAUCAGUACGGCGGACAGCGUGAUCGGUAUGGCGACCACAGCGGUCGAUAUGGAGUGGACUCACCUUCUGCUAGCAAGCGACCGAAGCUGCAUCACUCGCACAGUAUGGAGUCGCAAAACCUGCACUGGCAGGAAGCCUCUCGCCGCUCGCCGCCUCGUGUCGGAACGGUGCCGAAUCCGUACGCUGCGGUGGAUAGACAGCAGUUGCCGUAUUCACCACGAGACACCAUCUAUUCGCCGAGAGAUCAGUACCAUGCACCAGCGCCGCAGCCACGUCAGAGCCGCCGCACUCGAUGGGACCCGGUCCCUGACGAUCGAAGCAAAAUCCAUUACAACGAACCCCGCUGGUGA